CCUGGUUGUAACAGGCAAUCCACGGAGCUUACAAAAACGCUUUAAAUCAUCAACUUUCCAGCGGUUGAAAUGGUCCAAAACGUAGCACUCCUCGCUACUUUCACUGCUUAGGUGGUGUAUUGGUGAGUUAACAAUACCGUUCUUGUUUUAACUAACUUUUACUUUUUAUUAUGAGCCGCCCAAUUUUCACAUUCAGUCAGCACAUAAAUGCUGGAUUUAAAUGCCACAGCAGAACUCUUAUUAUCUCUGUGCGCUGGCGGUUUGUGGGCCGGUUGGAUAUGAAACUCCCAGGCUGAAAAAUGUUCCCAGCACGCCCCUGUUUACACAUGUUCAAGCUGCGUCACAAUUCAUUUAGGUUUGCUGAGUUUCAUCAUGACAUUAAAUUAUUUUCACGAUGACACGUCUUGGUACAGUUCAGGCUAUAUGAUUGGUUGAUUUCACUGUCCGUCCAUAACUGGGAGCGCCAAGCGCAUUUUGUUGUUGUUGUUUGUUUGUUUUGUUUUUUUUCUCUUUCCUUUUUUGUGGCAACCAAUCACAGCUCUUAGAAUACUCACAAAGACAGGAGUUUGUGUCUGGUGGUUGCUCUCAGACACCUGCUGGAUCACUCUGAGGGUGACAUUCCUUGAUAGAGUCUUUAGACGGACUUGGCAGCUCUGGUUAUGGGUCCUGGUUUUUCCACCUCAGCCUGAGGAGCAGCUCAAUAAAGGAGUCAUGUUUUAUAAAGGUCACAGCAAGGUCAAUGUCAGGCUUUUCUGAGAACUGGACAUGGAGAAUGUAGGCAUCCACUUUGAAGACGAUCUGAUCAUCCAAGAGAUUUUAUUACGUUGUGACAAAUGGGCACUAGGAAGGCAGCGAGUGUCAUCCUCCAUUACGGCGGCUUGUAUUUCGUGAUGGCGGAUUAGUCAAAUGUGUUUUCUCUCCAGAACAACAACCAACAUGGCAAAGGUCUUCUGUCCUCACUGUGGCAACAAGACACUGAAGAAGCUGGCGGUGACUAUCAGCGAGGACUGCAGCAUGCAGAUGCAUUUCUCCAGGAACCCCAAAGUGCUGAACCCCAGAGGCCUGAGGUACUCCUUACCGCUGCCUCAGUGGGGCAAACAUGCCAACAACCCCCACCUGGUGGAAGACCAGUGUUUCCCCCAGCAGAGGUUGUCCAGGAAAGCUCGCCAGAAAACAGACGUCUUUAAUCCCGACUACCUAGCGGGAGCUUCACCGUUCUGUGAGAACGACAUCUACAGCUGCGCCGCCAACCUGCAGAGCCGGGACAGCCAGUGUGGCGGCGGCAGGCAGCAAGCCAACCCCAACUCUGCCCGCAAGAAGUUUGUGAUAGAGAAGUGACUCCGUUUAAAGGUGUUAAUGACUUGAGCGCCGCGCAUCGUCCUACAACCAGAAAACUAAAGGCCUGCUGCUGUCACACAGCUGUUGAAAGCACUCGCCUGAGCAGAAAUGUCAUUUAUUUUAAAUAUAUCAAAAAGUCCUGAAUAUAACUCUCUGUGCCACACGAGUCUUUCCUCCAAAACUCUAGAUUAAACAUGAAUAAUAAAGUAUUUGCUACAUAUUGUCCACGGGGACUGUAGUGUUUCAAAAAGUAUUAUGUGCACGGCGGGUUAGUUUUCAGAAACUGCAGCCGGUGGGGUCAGGGUUAGCGGGGUCGGGAUCCUCCUCAGAACACAAAAUGACAUAAGUAUUUAUUGGAGGUUAGAUUGUCUACGUAAACAAACACACCGUUGGUAAUGUAGACAUGUUAAUAAGUGACGCAUGUAUUUAAAAUAUGAAAGUCAUCAGAGGGCUGAUACACAAUCUUAAUGUAAAAUAUAUUAAUUAAUACACAUCUGUAAUGGUGUCCUUAUGAAGUCAUUCAUACCAGUCAAUCACAGAUAUUUUGCUGAUUAAGAAGUGCUUCAGAUCAUCCAGGCUUGUUGAGAUGUACAAAAAGAAAAAAUACGUUUUUAAACUUUGGUCAAGCUGCCACGAGAGGGAUCCUGUUGUGUUUUCAGCAUAUCAGCUGAUCCUUCAAAUUAAGUUCUCGGUGCAGGACGACUUUAGGGUGAAUAAGAAGUCUGUGGGUCACAGAGCUUUCUCUUAUCAUGCCCCUGUUCUGUGGAAUGAUCUCCCUGCAUCAAUCAGUCAGUCAGAUUCUGUAGAGACUUUCAAGUCCAGACUUAAGACGCACUUAUUUUCCCUUUCCCUUAGAUUAUAUUUUCCUUCUCUCUCUGUGAAAAAUUCUUGAAUUCUAAAGGGUAGUUGCUUAUUUUUCACUUUAUACAUCAACUGAAUAGUCUUAAACACAAUCAUAUCGAGGAGUUUUAAUAUUUUAGAUUUAAUGAACAGAUGGUUGGUGUGAUCUCGAUAACCUGCAUUGUGAAUUGUUCUUAAUGCUCUUUUUUGGAGAAUGAAUAAUGGUUUCAAUGUAGUUUUAUAAUUGUUCCUCCAAACUUCAGCACAGUAAGUCAGGUAGGGUGCAACCAAUGCCAUAUGCAGUGUUUUGCAAUAAAGAACAUGCUUUGCUUUAUUUAACACUGCAAUACUUUUUGAAUAUGUUGAAUAUGAGCUUUCCAAUUAAUUCUUUCAUUAAUAAUGACACCUGACAACUUAUUCUCUUUGACCCGUUCUAUCUUUACCCCAUGUAUAUUUAACUGAAUUUGUAUGUCUUUUUUAUAAUUUCCAAAUAACAUUAUUUUAGAUUUAGACAAAUUUAGUGAUAACUUAUUAAUAUCAAACCAUUAAUCAUUUCAAUGUCUAAAUCAGAUAAUUGUUGCAAAUUUUCUCCUGAAUAAAACAGGUUUGUAUCAUCUGAAAAGAGAACUGCUUUAAAAAGAUCUGAAACUUUGCAUAAAUCAUUGAUGUACAAAAUAAAUCGUUUUGGUCCCAACACAGAACCCUGGGGAAGCUCACAAACAAUGUCCAGAUAUGAAGAACAGUAGUCCCAAAAUUUAACAAACUACUUGCCGGUUUUGUAAGUAACUUUUAAUCCCAGAGCCAUCCCUCUGAUCCUGUACAGUUCCAUCUUCUGAAAUAUGUUGUGAUCUAUUGUAUCAAAAGCCUUUCUUAGGUCAUUGAAUAAACCUGCUACCCUUUGAUC